AUGCAGGUAAACGAGUUUGACUCAUCAGACGAGGAGCCCCUGGAGGAAGAACAGACACCUUUUCAAAUAUCCUGGUUACCCUUAUCACCAACUUAUUCCCAAUUCCUAGGAAUCAGCUCACUACCAGGUUGUCGAUUCAAAAAUAUUAAAAGAAACCUUCAGAAAGAUAUAGAUGAACUAAAAAAUCACGGGGUGCUCGAUGUAUUUGUACUCUGUACCAAAGGAGAACUCACAAAGUACCGUGUCCCACACCUCAUGGAAACAUACCAGAAUUAUGGGAUCACUGUGCAUCACCAUCCUAUUCCUGAUGGAGGUACACCAGAUAUUGCCAGAUGCUGUGUUAUUCUAAAUGAACUGAGGAACUGCCUUGAAAGUAAACAAAAAGCCACAAUACAUUGUUAUGGAGGACUUGGACGAUCCUGUCUCAUAGCGGCUUGCCUUCUGCUCCAGAUAUCUGACACCAUAACUCCGCAGCAGGCAAUAGACUGCAUGAGGGAGUUGAGAGGUUCAGGUGCAAUACAAACUUUAAAGCAAUACAACUACCUUCAUGAUUUUCAAGAGACCUUGGCUGCCUAUUUGGCAACAGAAAGUGAGCGACCAAGAUCUGUAUCCCGAUAAAACAGAGUUUAGUUACUAUCUGAAACGCAUUGCAUUGUUUUUACUUUGUACACAUAGAGGAAAAUAAUUUUAUUAGCUGCCUGCGAGUUACCGCCUUGACGAG